CUGUUUUUUUACCACCAAAUGCACCUUUAAUUAUUAAUUUGUGUGAGGUGUGAAUUUCAUUAAGAUGUUUAUUUCCUCCUGAAGUCCACUGUCAUCUCCUCAGUUUUGAGCUCAGUGUUCAUCUCCAGGUUGUUCUGACUACAGCAGAGGACCAGAUGGUCAACCUCCUGCUGUACGCAGGCUGAUGAGACUGAGACCGUGUCGUCAAAGCACUUCAGGAGUUCAGUGGUUGGGAGUGACGUGGAGAGCGAAAAGGGGCCAGUUCACUUUUCAAAAAAGGGGUGAGGAUAUAUGGAAUGACGAAUCUUCCUGGAUACAAAAUAAGAGGAACUUAAUUGAACUUUGUCAAACAUCACGUCGUGAUCAGUAAGAAAUGCGUUUAACAAAAAAAAGCUGUCUGCUGCUGGUCAUUGUAGGAGUCAUAGUACUAUGGAUGUUUUUCCCUCUACAUCCCCUGGAUUUGUGGGGUUCGAAACACAUUUACAGUUACAGCUGGUUGAAUUAUUCAGAUGCUGAUGGCGGCCCAGAGAAUAAAUGCGACUGUCCAGCAAUUUUGCAGGGAGACAGUAAGGCCCUGGAGCAGGCCAAGACACUGACCAGCACCAAAGACUUCCAAAAGAGUAUCACCAUCCCCAAUGAAUAUUACAUCAAUGCAAGCCAAGACUGCAGGAACUUCAAGGCAAGCAGAAAGUAUUUGACGAUUCCAUUGAGCCGUGUCGAGGAGGACUUCCCUCUAGCCUACUCUGUUGUUGUUCAUCAUAAGGUGCAGAACUUUGAGCGAUUACUGCGAGCCAUCUAUGCGCCCCAAAAUAUUUAUUGCGUCCAUGUAGACAAAAAAUCGGAUGCCUCGGUCUACUCUGCCAUCGGUGCCAUAACCUCCUGUUUCCCAAAUGUCUUCACAUCCACCCUCUGGCUGACCAUGGUCUAUGCUGCUUGGCCACGUGUCCAGGCUGAUAUCAACUGUAUGGCUGAUCUCUAUAACGCUAAAACUAAAUGGAAAUACUUCAUAAACCUUUGUGGGCAGGAUUUCCCUCUGAAAACCAACCUGGAGAUUGUGAAUGCAUUGCUGUCAUUGAGGGGCGACAACAGCAUGGAGUCAGAACAAAUGCCUGAAGGAAAGAAGGACAGAGUGACACACACUUACAAGAUAGUUAAUGGACAAAACCAGCCAACAGGAAAUGAAAAGGAGCCGCCUCCCUUCAACCUGCCCAUUCUGACAGGAAGUGCCUACAUUGUGGUUAACCGGGGCUACGUCCGCAGUGUUUUGGAGGACAGCCGCAUACCGGCGUUGAUCGAAUGGUCCAAAGACACCUUUAUUCCUGAUGAAACAUUCUGGGCAACCAUUCAACGACUCCCCGGUGUUCCUGGCUCUAAGAGGCCUCAUCCUAAAUACGACAUGACGGACAUGAAUGCAAUAGUGCGGAUGGUGAAGUGGCAGGGGCACGAGGGAACCGUGUACCCAGAGUGUCACGGACACCAUGUCAGGGAUGUGUGUGUGUACGGUUUCGGAGACGUGCAGUGGCUGCUUCAACAGCAUCAUCUCUUUGCCAAUAAGUUUGAUACAGAUAUCGAUCCCAUAGCCGUCUACUGCUUGGAGAAGUAUCUGAGAGAAAAGGCACUAGCGGAGUUAUUUUAGGUGUGCUGGACAUUUUCCGCAAGCCAUGUUAUUGGGGAACUGUUAAACUAACUUAAUUUUGUUUGUCUGUUUCUUCAGGUAUUCAUUCCGUCUAAAUACAGCUGUUUGUGGCUGGGGGAAAGUAGGAAAACUACAGAAAUGAGAUUGACUAAGCCAUAACAACAUAUAUUUAAAAGAUGUUUGUUGUUAAUGAAGCUAAAUUGCUAGCACCACUAUUCACCAAUGUAUUGUGAGCUGGUCUUUUUGUGCUCAUGUAGUUAUAAUUGCUCAUUUUGAUUUCUUUGGAUAAAAUAAGUUCAGCUUCUUUAAAGCCAAUGGGGGCAUAAAAUGUACAGCGCCUGGAAAAACAAGACAAGCAAUCAAAAUAUUUGUUGCUCUCUAAAAAAAUCCCUACUGGUUGGACCUGUUCUUUUACUCUUUAAUGGUGGUGUGUGAGGAUUAUAGUAACAUCCAAUAAAGACAUAAUAGCGUGUAUUCGUUAAAUGGGGAUGAUAUUCAGGUGUGUAUGUGCUCAGGUAGUCUCUUGGUUGGUUUAGUUUGGUAUGGUUAAUUUUCUCAGUCGUCUGUGCUAUGUGAGUG